AUGGCACACAGCUAUUUCUCCGGGCCCUGCGUGCCCUCAGCCUCCGCCGUCUCUGUCUGCUCCAGUGACGUGAGCCGCAGCAGCAACGUCUGCUUGCCCAGCUCGUGCCCGGGGGACUCCUCCUGGCAGCUGGACGACUGCCCAGAGAGCUGCUGUGAGCCCUGCAGCUGCGGCCCCUCCUGCUGCCCGGCCCCGUGCUGCCCGCCCGCCUCCUGCCUCACCCUCGUGUGCCAGCCGGCCUGCUGCGUGCCCGCCUCCUGCCAGCCGUGCCAGGCCAUCUGUGCCCCUUCCUGCUGCCAGUCCACUGGCUGUGGGUCUUCCUGCUGCCAAGCCUGUCCCUGUGCCCCGGGGCAGUCCUGCUGCUGUUUGCCCGUGUGCUGCAAGCCCAGCUGCUGUGUAACCUCAGCCUGCCCAGUCCUCUCCUGCUGCCAGCCUGCCUGUGUGCCCCUCACCUGCCACUGCUGUGGCCCCUCCUGCUGUCCAACCACCACCUGCUGCCACCUCACUUCCCGCUUUUCCCUCACCUGUCGGCCAGUGUGCAGCCCAGCCACCUGCUGUGUGCCUCUCUCCUGCAAACCCACCUGCUGCACCACCCCCUCUUCUUGUUGCUGCCCCACCUCCUGCGUGUCCCCCAUCUGCCAGCCAGUGUGCAAACCAGCUACCUGCUGUGUGUCUCUCUCCUGCAAACCUACCUGCUGCACUUCCUCCUCCUGCUGCCGCCCUGCCUGCCCUGUGCCCUUUACCUGCCUGCCAGUUUGCCGCCCAGCCACCUGCUGUGUGCCUUUCUCCUGCAAACCUGCCUUCUGUGCCACCCCCUGCUGCCACUCCACCUCCUCUGUGUCCCUCAUCUGCCGGCCAGC